AUGGAGAAAUCUCGUAAUUCAUCUCUGAUCAAAGCUGUUCCUUCUAAGCAAACCACAUACUCUUGCACUGAGGAGGAGAGUGGUUGGACUGCUUACUUUGAAGACUUCUCAAACAACAACAACAACAGGAGGGAAGGAGAAGCGGCAGCAGAGGAACAAAGUCUCUGCUCAAGUUUUGGCUGCGCUUCUUCUUUGGUUUCUGAUGCUGCUUCUGGUGCUGCAUGGAAAUUAGCUUCCCAAAACAACCAAAACCAACAUGCAUGCUCUAAUUCCAUUGGGGGCUCACCCAAUAAUUUUCCCAAGAAAUUAACCUUCAAGAAAACAAGAACCAAGAAGAUUUCUGGUGAUGAUUUAGAGGAUACUGCUAGCUCUCCUGUUAAUAGUCCCAAGAUUGGUGAUUUGAGACCAGUUGGUAUAAAUCCCAGAAAGAUAGAUGAUCAUCAUAUCAAUAUUAAUUCUUUGGUUAAAGAGGGUGAGCAUUUUGCGGAACUGGAGCAGGCAGAUGAUCAUGAAAAGACUAAUGAUUGUUGUGGGAAAACUGACAGCACAGACUUAAAGAAAAGAGGGUUGUGUUUGGUUCCUAUGUCCUUGUUAGCCAACUAUCUUGUUUAA